UCGUGCAAUCGAAUUACCAGAUCAGGUGAAAAAAGUACAAAACUAAUUGUUUAGGGGGCCGAAGUGCAAAACGACCUUUAGUUUGGGCGGUGGUGGUGGUGGGUGGUGUCAAAAUUUAAUCUUGGCGGGCGGCGAUGGAGGAGGAGUUGGAGAAAUCUCAGCCGACGGUGGAGAUAACAGAGUUAAGUUUCACCUAUCCCGGAAUCGACGGCCAUCCUCCGCCGGGAUCCACACCCAUGAUAGAUGACUUCUCCCUCACUCUCUUUCCAGGCUACCGCUGCCUUCUUGUGGGCUCCAACGGCGCCGGGAAAACAACAAUCUUGAAAAUUAUAGGAGGAAAGCAUAUGGUGGAUCAAAAUAUGGUGAAGGUGUUUGGAAGAUCCGCAUUUCACGACACCGCUUUGACUUCCUCCGGCGAUCUCUCUUAUCUCGGCGGCGAGUGGAGAAGGGAAGUUGCGUUUGCUGGUUUUGAGGUUCCGAUUCAAAUGGACGUGUCCGCCGAGAAAAUGAUUUUCGGUGUAGCGGGUGUCACUCCCCAAAGGAGAGAUGAACUAAUAAAGGUCUUAGACGUCGACCUUUCGUGGAGAAUGCAUAAAGUAUCAGACGGUCAAAGACGAAGAGUUCAAAUAUGUAUGGGUCUUCUAAAGCCAUUCAAGGUUCUCUUGCUCGACGAGAUCACAGUCGACUUAGACGUGCUUGCGAGAGCUGACCUUCUAAAGUUUCUAAAGAAGGAAUGUGAAGAACGAGGUGCUACAAUCAUUUACGCUACGCAUAUUUUCGAUGGUCUUGAAGAUUGGCCGUCGCAUGUCGUUUAUGUGGCACAUGGGAAAUUGCAAUUUGUGAUGCCUAUGAGUAAGAUUAAGGAGAUUAGCAAUUUGUCGUUGAUGAGAACCGUAGAGAGAUGGUUAAGGAAAGAGAGAGAAGAGGAGAGAGAAAGAAGGAAGGAUAGGAAAGCUAAAGGUCUACCGGAAUACGAAAAACGAGCAGAGGGCACUCGUGUCAUAAAUAACGGGUGGGCUGCCGGUAGGCUUAAUUCAACCGUUGCUGGUCAAGAAAAUUUCGUCUUGAGCUCUAAUAGAGUCCUCAGAUGAACAUUGAUACUCAAAUCAAAAUAGUAACUAUCAUAGUUUGUUGUAUAAUAGAUCCCAUAUUCUUGUAUUUACUUGUAUGCUAGUUUUACUUUCCUCAUGAUUUCAGUAUGGAAUUAAAUAUAUCAUUUUUUUCUCAGGAGCCUGCCUGGCUAAAC